AUGGAGGCCUCAGAGUUCCCAUUGGAAUUGCAAACCAAAGCGUUCCAAAUUCUGACCUCCAAAGACAACACACCCAUUGAAACCCUCUUCUCCCACAUUUACGCUUCCCAACACCAAAACGAACACAGCCUCCGUUCCCAUGCACUCGCCUUCCUCCAAUGCUGCAAACACCACCACCCAGAUCUUCUCCUCAUCAAACUCUUCUUCCUCUUUCGCACCGACGCACUCCCCGAAACACGCGCCAACGUCGCACGCGCCUUGCAUUUCCUUAAAGCAGCCGAGUUCUGGCCCAAACUCAAGCCCAUCGCCCAGGGCCACCUCAAGGUCCACUUUCUCGCUUACCUCGCCAAAGAAUCUUCUCUCUACGUCCUCCGCCUCGUCUCACUCCUCCUCGCCGAAAUCCUUUCCGUUACUUACAAAACGCACCAAAACUGGCCCGAGGCUCUUGAUCUCCUCACCUCCUUUAUCGCCUCCGAUAACGACAACUGCCGCGAGUUCGCGUCGCUCGUCUUCAAAAACCUUCCCAACGACUCUCGUUUUCCCGUCUCCAGCGCUCUCGAGGAGAAAAACGACACCGUCCGCGUGUUGCACGCAUCGUUUUUUAAGUUUCUCGCCUCCUCUAACCGCGACGUCCAGGUCGCAUCGUUCGGCGCCGUCGUCAGCCUCGUCCGGUUGUUCUCCGAACCGCCGGUGUUCCACGACCUCCUCCGCGCGAUUAUGGUUGGCGUAUUCACGCUCCUGCAUAGCUUCGAAGGUUCCUAUUUCCGAAGCGCGUUUGCGGAGUUAAUAAAUCUGGUUUCUCAAGAGCCGUUGCUUUUGAAGCCUUACAUGAAUGACAUGGUUCUCGACGUGCUUCAGAUCGCGGAGAGCGAAAGUCUGAGCGAGGAGACGCACUGUUUAGCUUUUCAGUUAGUGGUGGUCAUGACGGAGGUGAAAGAGUACGAACAUGUGUUCGUCAACCUUCCUCAUGAGACCGUGCGGAGGCUGUUCUUUGUGCCGAUUAAGAUGCUACGGUAUGUGGCCGAGGAUGGCUGUGAUGGCAAGCGUGAAAUGGAAAUCGAGAAGGCUGGAAUGAAGGGUUUGAAGAAGCUUAGUGCCGCACUCGGAGCGAGUAAAGUAGUGCCUCUUGCGUGUGAAGUGUUCCUUCUUCAAUUGGAUAACGAGGAAUGGAGGGUGCGCCGUGCGGGAAUCACAAUGCUGAGUGUGAUCGCAGAAGACUUCUCCGAUGAAAUGGUAAUGACGGUAAGUUUUAUUGGUGAAGUAGUGAGGAAAGUUUUGGAGUCGAUGGAAGACUCCCAUGCUCAGGGGGUGCAACUCCUUUACCAUCAUAGGUUUGUGCAUGUGUUUUGCAAUGCACUGGACAAUGAACAAGACCUUCAUGUAAAGGAGCAAGCUGGAUUAGCAAUGCAAUUUUUUCUGAAGAACACUUUGCCAGAAAGCAUAACGCUAAAUGAGAAUGCCGAUACUGUAAUGGGAAAAUUUUUGCCAUUGCUUCAGGAUAAGAGCUCUAAGCUAAAAAGCAUUGCUUUGUCAACAUUAAAUGUAGUUCUACAACGAUGUGAAGAAGUUGCUCACAAGUACCGCGCAAUUUAUCUUCCGAUGUUACUGGAAGCAUGCACUGACGAAAAUUCUACUAUCAGAGAGAUGGUUCCUGCCCGGUUAAGUUUCUUGGCACACAAAAAUGAUUUGUUUGAAGCCAAUAUGCAUGAACAGCUUUAUUUCGUUUUCGUGUUUGCAAGGUAA